UUCUCCGUGUGGCUCUCUGGCCGGCGCGUCUUUAGGCUAAUUUUUGCUUUCUUCAUUGCUUCGUCUUCCUUCUCGCGCUUUGAUUGAUGAUCUUUUUGGCGCCUUCGCGUGUCCCGGGGGAUUAUCCGCCGCCGCGAUUCUUGGCCACGGGAGGAUAGGCGGAGCUGCCGCGAUCGCGAUCCAGGCGCAGGUUUUCUCUGGGGAAAUCUCCAUUCGCAUUGCGAUUCCGCAGGAUGUCGACGAAAGAUCUCGACAGGGAGCAAAUGAGCUCCGCAUCGGAAAAGAGGGCUUCCGUGUAUGCGGGCUGGAUCUACCAUGUCGGGAGUAACUCCAUGGGGUACCAGUUUUGCAAUCCGCGGUACCUCGUGAUCAAGGGGAAGUAUGUGGAGAUGUAUAAGCGCGAUCCCAAUGAUUUUCCCAGCAAGAAACCCAUUAGAAGGGGCGUGGCUGGGAAAUUUACAAUGGUGAAGGAAAUUGGGAGGCAGAUUAUCCAUGGCCGGGUCCUUUAUGUGCUUAAGAUCUAUAGUCGAGUUGACCAUGGCAAACAUGGUGAAAUUGCUUGCACCAGCGCUGAGGAAGUCGAAAAAUGGAUGUCAGCAUUCCGUCACGCCAAAGAGGAGGCGGAGUAUGUAUCGAACAAGCUAAGCUUCAUAAACAAUGAGACCGAGUUUAACGUAAACGGGCCACGAUACCACUCUAAAUCGUAUCUGAGCAAACUUAUUUACAUUGGACGAGGUCCCGAGUCCUUGCUGCGCCGCCCCUCGAUGGUCGCACAGGAUCCUCUGCCAGCAGUUUCGUACACUAAGCAAGCUGGUGAUGCUGUAGAGCAGACUGAUUGGAGAUGCUUUCGCACCGUAAACGGCUUGAGAAUCUUUGAAGACGUCAAGUCCGAGAACGGGGCCAUAAUGAAAUCUGUUGGCGUAGUCGAAGCAACGCCAGAAAUGAUAUUCGAGAUGAUCAUGACUCUGGAUAUUUCUUUGAGGCAUCAGUGGGACACCUUGACUGGGCAAUUGGAGCUUGUGGAGCACAUAGAUGGGCAUACGGACAUUGUGUACGGGACGUUUGAUCCUAAAUACUUCAAGAGGUGGAGCAGCCUCUUUAGCUAUAAAAGAUAUUAUGUGUUCUCUCGCUAUUGGCGUCGGCAUCAGGACGGCUCUUACUACAUUACACAGAUGGAAGUUUCUCACAAAGGGGCUCCUCGUAAGCCCGGGUACAGAAAAAUCACACUUAAUCCUGGAGUGUGGGAGAUUACUCCCCUCCCAUCGAAACCAGGAACUGGGACUCCAAGGUCCCUUGUCACCCAGAUCAUGGAGAUUAAGUCUACCGGCUGGGGCCGCUGGAAGAAAAGCCACUACUCCAAGUUCCACGCGACGGUUCCAUAUGCAAUGCUAUGUCGCACGGCAGGAUUAAGAGAGUACUUCUCCGCAGAAGCCCUGCAAGGGGUAGAAGAGCGCCUGGUUACAAAGAGCAUCGUUAACCACGAUGAAUCUACUUGCGAGACAACAAGACUUUCGCAGGUUGAAACCAACGAAGAGUUUUAUGACGCUAUUACGGCAGGAGAUCCAGCCGAUGAGGACGACGAUGACAGUGAAGAAGAGGAGAAGAAACCGCUGAAUAAGACAGGAUCACACAAGCUUCGAAGGGUUACGUGGGGAGUCAUGCUGUUAUCUAAACGGCCUCCAGCUCCCGGGGACAAUGGAGAACUUAUGUUGGGCUGCUCAGCCAUGGAAAUAAAUAUGAAGCUCUUCAAGAGCACUCUUCGCCAUCAAAGUUCUGAAAAAGAUCAAAACUGCUGGUGCGAUCCUGGUGGUCAAGGAUUUAUGGUUAGAGGGAAGACGUACAUGAAAGAUUACUUGAAGGUGCCUGGAGGAGAUCCUCUUUUAAAACUUCUAACAGUCGACUGGCUAAAGUCAGACGAUAAGAUUGGUGCAAUUGCAAAGCAUCCGGCGUCUAUUGUCCAGACCCCGGCCGGGAAAGCAUUGCCAUUCAUCUUUGUAGUUAAUCUACAGGUUCCGGCUAAACCGAACUACAGCCUUGUGUUCUAUUAUGCUGCCGACAGACCAAUUCGGCCCGGUUCUCUCCUGGAUAAAUUUGCGAACGGAGACGACGCAUUCAGAAAUGCACGGUUCAAACUGAUUCCUAGCAUUGUAGAGGGGUAUUGGGUUGUGAAGCGAGCCGUGGGUACAAAGGCCUGCUUGCUUGGACGAGCCGUGACUUGUCAUUACAUCCGCGAAGACAAUUAUUUUGAGAUUGACGUAGACAUAGGAUCAUCGUCUGUUGCGCGAGGAGUGAUUGGAUUGGUUCUGGGUUACGUGACAAACAUCGUUGUGGAUCUUGCUGUCUUGAUUGAGGCCAAAGAAGAGAGUGAACUGCCGGAGUAUCUCUUGGGCACAACAAGGAUAAACCGCAUUGUGCCAGAGGAUGCCGAGGCGUACGAGGGGUGGCGACAACACCCUUAAAUCUUUGUUCAAGGCAGUCACUACCCAUGUGACAAAAAAGCAUGGUCUGUGGAUACAAAAUUUUGGUAGACACGACACGACUUGGUCUUGUGCAUAAUUCUAUGCGGUUUGUAAAGAAUUCAUUUAGAAAGUCUUUUACACGUUUGUUCCGGAAA